AUGAGGUCCCACUUGUCCUUAUUUGUGGCAAACUGGUUCUUGUGGUUACUAGAUGGAGAUUUUCAUUUGUUCUCCUUUCUCUUUACCGUUCAAAGCUUAUUUCUUUUCCGUAUCCUUUACCACAACUGCGGUUCUGAAGUUGUUGAACGACAUCUGCUCAUCGACGGCUUUUACGAUGAAAGUGACACUGUAGUUCGUCUUAUCUCUCCUAAAGGCGAAAGUUUCGAUUCUUCUGACACAAGGAUUUGGGGAAUUGACCAUUCUGAUAUUCGGUCGAGUUAUGUUGCUGGGAUGCUAGUUGGACCAUUUUUAUUAUCAUCACUAUCACUGGACCAAAAUGAUGAGGGAAAAAACGUUCUCGAAAUCGGCUUAGGUGGAGGAAGUUUUAGUAUGGCACUGCACAGGUUGAAACACCAUGUGAAUAUUAAAAUAACUGUUGUGGAAUUGGAUCCGGUUGUUGUAAAAGUUGCUCACGAAUGGUUUGGCGUUAAAGAUUCGACGAAUCAUCGUGUAAUUGUUGACGACGGACUGCAUUUCUUAGAAAACGCACUCUCCACUGGUUCUCUACAGGUCUUUGCCCAAAUAGUGUCAAAUCUUUUGUCUUACCGCAACGAAACUCUUUUAUUUUUGUUACCAAAAAGUUUUACUUUCUUUGCGUCAGGGCUCAUAUUUCGAAUACUAGAACGAUUGAAUAAUAAGUAUUUGAUAGAGCAGAAUAUGAUGUUGCUCCUUAAUGCACCAUUGAUGUUGCAGGCUUCUGAGCUUGGAAUAAAAGUUUUUCUAAUUACUAAAGGUGUCAACUUCCUUUCCUUUGUAACUUUGAAUUUCAAAGAGUUUCAAAAUUGCUAA